AGCUGCGGGGAUGAUGCUGAACGGAACUGUUUUCCAGUUUGCAAAAGUUGAGCAUUUAUUCAAAGAGACUUGCAAAUGCUGCCCCAGUUGAAAGGUUGUGUCUUGCUUAGCUUUCUUACUUCUUUUAAAGAUCAAGAUUCACAGAACAGGAUCCCUGCUAGCUGUGUGUUUCAUUGCUUUCUCUGCUGCCUGGAAAUGGACUGAAAAACUCCUAAAGGAUUUCUUAUUCCAUGAAAGGAAACAUUCACGGAAGAAAGAAAAAAAGGAGAGCUGUCUUUGCUGUUGUGCAGACUUUAGCCAUGGACCUGCGUGGACAACUGGAGAAUACGGAGAGGAGCUGGAAUAAAGAAAAAAUGGAAUUGCUGGAGAGAUUUGACAACGAAAGGAAAGAAUGGGAAUGUCAAUGGAAGGUCAUGCAGAAGAAAAUAGAAGAGCUUUACCAGGAGGUAAAACUUAGAAGGGAGAGCAAUAUGACUGUCCAUGAUAGCAAGGCCAUUCAGAGCAAGCUGCAGCUGUCCAUGCAUUCCCCUACCUUGCAAGAGACUGACACAGCGAAGCUGCACCAUCAACACAAUGUGGCAAACGACAGAAUGGAGAAAGGGAGUCUGCUUGGUAUAACAGGACACGAAUGGAAGGAGCCCAGAGACACCAGCAGAAACAAUAUUCUGUUAGUGGACAAUCUGGCCUUUGAGAACCACAAAAAACCUGAAGACAGCCUCACCAUUAAAACUUCGGAGCAGAAUACCAAGAAUUAUAUAGGUGAUCUCAAUGUAGCUCUUAAAGAACUUGCCAGAGUCAGUGAAGAAUUAUGCAGCUACCAAGAGGAAAUUCGAAAGAAGUCAAAUCACAGAAGAAUGAAGUCACUUCCUUUCCUGGGGGAAUUUGAGGAAACCCAAAACACAGUUAUUCUGCCUGAGAUGAACCAUGUGUCCAGCAAUGAAUCACAAACUUCAGUUGCUUUUGAAACAGAGGAACAUAAUAAUAGGAAGAAUCUGAUGAGCUCCACCAAGGCUUUGAAGGACAUUUCUUAUGGUAGUCUUACUGGUGGCAUAGGAACAGAUUUCAGUCCCUGGCAAAAGAAAGAAGCUCCACCAGUUCCUCCACGGAGCACUUCUCGGCACCUAACUAACUCACUUUCUGCAGUCAUACAGCUUUCAGAAGCACCCAUAAGAGAUCCGGACAUCAAAAGCAAUUGCAAGGCUCAGGGUUGUUGGAAUGGGGGGAAACUGAGGAAUCCUUCACCUGUAAACAAAAAUAAAUCUGCAGUAGCCUCUGCAAAUGAAGGGCAGGCUGUGAAAGUCCCUGUAAUGGUAACUGCUGCAAUACCUGUAACCAAAAAUGAGUGCAAUGUUCCAACAAAUUUCUGCCACAACACAUGGGCAUAUGAUAUGGGCAAGCUUGGAAAAGACAACAAAAAUGAGCCUUCCCCACUGUCAGCCCAAAAGAGUUGUUCAGAUGGAAAUAUGGCCCAAAGCAACAAGAUGCAUCAGAAACAAAACACCAAGUCUCACAGCAGCCCUUUUUACAGUAAUGACUUUUAUGCCCCUGCUACCUCGCACAAUGAUCUUUUGGAAGACACCAGGCAUCCUUUGGGAAAGACCCAAAGGAAUGAAACGCUAGCAGCAAAGAUUGAUGAGUUUAAUCGGACUGUAUUUCACACAGAUAAACGUAACAAUGCUCUGCAGGAAAAUCAGGUGCCUCCAACAGCAUCAGAAGAUCACAAGCCCUGUGUGACUCUGUGUGACUCUGCUACUAGCAGGGCAGAAACUGUGAAUACAUCUUGUGCUUCAAAUCCCAAGCUGUCUGCAACAAAGGAGCAAGAAACUAACAACCCCAGCAAAGCUGUCAGGACAGCAGGGCAACAAAAACACAUGAAUGGACUUCCAAAUACUAGUGGUUACAGGCACAUGCUUCACGAGCAUGACUGGAGACCAAGUAAUUUAUCCGGCCGCCCGCGUUCAGCUGACUCAAGGUCCAACUAUGGUGUUGUUGAAAAGCUUUUGAAAACCUAUGAAAAAUCAACUGCGACUUCUCCGUGUAAUGCAAAAUGCUGCAAAGAUAAGAGGACACAGGCAAAUUCUGAAUUCACCAAUGGGGGUUGCGAGACACUGAGUCAGUAUUUAGAAAUGCUCCAGAUUGAGCAAGAAAAACAAGAAUUUCCAAGGAAUUCAGCCAGGCAUAUUGGGCAGCAACUCAAGCAAGGAAAAGAGAGACAGAAGUUACCAGAGAUAUGCGUGCCAGUGAAAUGUUCAAGUGAGAAGGGCUUCUCCCGUCCCGCUCGGCCAGCAAAUCGACGCCUACCUUCCAGAUGGGCAUCCAGAUCCCCUUCAGCACCGCCUGCUGUGAGAAGAGCAGUGUACAACUCUGUCUCCUUUCGGCCUCAGUAGUCUGAACCCAGAGCUGGGUUGGAUGGUGUUGUGAAAGCUCUAUGCCUCACUAUAACUGUGUUUGGUAUGUGUCGUAGCAACCAGUUCCACACUGUUGUGUUUUGUCCAAGAGUGACCCCCACCACAUGCCGGACAAAGCAUUCUGAAUCUUAGGUCAUCAUCACCAUGGUCUUCAGUGUUUUUAUUGAGACGAAAUAGAGAUAUCCCUGGUUUUCUCUGUUUUUUGGGUUUGUUUUUAAAUAGUUCACAAGGAAUUUCUUUUGAAUGGCAUCUUUCUCAAUUUUUUGAUCAAUUUUGAGUUGAAACAAUGUAUAGUGCUGUAUAUUCUGACUUUUCUGCAAACAGCAGAAUGUAAAGCUGUAUGCAUGAUCAUGUGUUUGUAGGUGCAUGUGUUGGACUAGGAAGUAUACUGGCCUGUAUUUAGAAGAGACAAACUGUGCUAGUGUUGACAUUGAAAUUACAACCUAUAUGCCUACAUAUAUAUAUAUAUAUAUAUACUUUGUGUUUAUUUUAAAAAGUUUGAAAUAUACAGUCCCGAUGACAUUUAUAUUUUGUAUAUCUUUUACAUAGGUUCACAGGUGUAGUAUUUAAUGUAAAAAAACUAAAUAUGCAUUUUUUGUGACUGAUCGCAGUGAUAAUGCCUUGCACAAUAUGUAUCUGAAGCAGACUAGCUUGACUGAUUUGUCAGUCAUGCUUCUUGGCAUCCUUGUUCAAUUUCCUAACCCUAAUGCUAGGUCAAAAUUCCCAAACAUAUUUUUUCCGAAUUAAAAUAUUAUAUGAUUUGUAAUACAUUAGCCUUUUUCAGCACCAGAGACAUUUCUGAAAUGUUCCAAACCCUUUACAAAGCUUAAAUGUGCCAUUAUAUGUAUAGCAUACUGUAAACACUUUGGUAGAUUCAGCUACUCUAACAUACAAUUUAUGAAGGGAAGAAAAGAGUUGUAUAUGCUCAAUUCUGUAAAGCUUAUUUUUCCUUCUAGCAUUAUACUUUGAGGUUUGGCAAAGUCAGAUAACAAUGGACUUGUUUACUUUCACUCAAGGCAGGAGAACAAGCAUCGUUGCUCCCAGUGCUGCAGCCACACUCCUUUUUUACUCUUCUCCUAGACUAGAGUGCCUGAGCCACUUGCUAAUUCCCUGCUCCUGGACUGACUCGUGGCAGUCAGUUAUGAAGUUUACUUGCACUCUGACAACAAGCUGCAUCUAGUAGGGAAAUACUGCAUCGAGAUAUGAUCACAAUGGUGCCCGAAAUCCUGACACAUGGCAUUGCGACUCUGCUGUUGCUAUCACUUGACUUGGUAUUGUUUGCCGUCUGAAUGACAUGCACAGAGCCUGGCUUGUUCCUUCUCACAGAGUGAAAGAAGUAUGGAUGCUGCCCAGGCUCUGAACUUUCAGAAAGACAGUGUCCUUCAUCCUGGAAUUUUUGUACCUUUCGUUAGGCUGUUGCUGGAUACACAGUGCAGUAAUGAUGACAAAUGUUACCUUUAAACAACAUGUCUAGGUCAGAAGGAGUAAAAAGGUACUUCUUCAACAUCAGCCUGAUCUUGUCUGGCAACUUUUCUUCUUCUGGAGAAACAUAGUGUGUUCAAAGGAAUUUCAAAAAUCAUCCCAGGAUCCAUUAAUGUGCACAUCUUCUUAUGUGAAUGUAAAAAGGAUUUCAGAGAGAGUAUAGGCUUUUGUCCUAGUGAAUUGUAUAUGUGGCAGUAUAGGGAAAAUUUAAUGUGCUUAAUUUGGUAGUGAUCUGUUGUUCUAUUCCAGUCAUGUUGAGAAUUCACACUUUUUUUCUUCCUUUAAGGACCUUAUUCUUCUUUCCUCUGCACAAUUUUGAUUUUGAAGAGAGAGAAAACAGGAGGCCCUGUGUUCUGAGCAAUAGCCUGUGUGGUAGUAUUGGUAACAGUUCAGGCUUGCAAAUACUGCAGUGAGCAGGCAUUAGAGCCAUAAAUCCCAAUUUAUCAUGCCAUUGUGGCUGUCUGCUUGGCCAAAAAUACACUCAGAAUAAUUUGCUCUAUCUAAACUUCUGGUCCUUUCUAGGUCUAUCCCACAACACAUGAAGACUUCAAGCAAAUCAACAAUUCAUCAAAACUUACUCAGACAUUAUUGCAAAGUUAUUGCUGGAAUAGAUACAAGGACAGAAAAUCUUGAAGAAAAUUCAUACAGUUUAGAUAGAGACAAAAAAAUCUGUCUGCUCAAGUGAAAAAUCAAGCGUUCUAUAAAUUUGACUGUUUGCCCUAAUUUAGAAAUUGCACUCCAUUAGCUUCCUCAGCAUUAGAAAAAUUAGACAUGAUUCAUGCUAAAUUUGGAACAUGGUUUAAUAUUCUAUCUAACUGUGGAAAUUAACAAACCAAAAUACCUUGCAAAUUGACCUUUUAAACGCCUAAGUAGCUGACCAGCUUUGCAUGCCUAAUGCUGAGGAAAGAGUAAUGCGAGAGAAUUGUAAAAAAAUGUGGUUCUUAACUUCAGUCACUGUUGACUGCAAAAACACUUCUUUAAAUUACUUUCAUGGUGAAGUUAAGCACUUUUGUUCUGAGAAAUUGUGAUGCAGUUUUGUUUGAAGUAUGUAACUCCAAAAGCAUUUCCCUUGAUUAGUCAGUGAAGGUGUUUCUUUAGUUCCCUUCAGUUUCUUUGGUUGCCUUUGACAUAGACCACAUUGUUGAAUCACAGAGAAAGGAUCAAAUACCAACAACAUUCCCUGAUGUAUGUAAGUUAAAUGAACAGAAGGUUUUUGAAAUAAACUAACAGGUCAAGGAUGAGUCCAUUUUGUCAAGAUUUUCUGUGUCUGUCUAAUUUUAGACAUGGGUUCUGAUGCCUAAAAGUACCAAAACUGGUGAUUUUGGUCUGCAGACAGCUAGUUGGAAGGCCUAACUUUAGAAAAUUGCCACUGUCACUGUUUAAAUAUCCUUUUCAACUGCACUUUUAACAGGGCCAGUUGACUGUGGUGAUUUUUCUAGUUCCCAUAACAGUGGUUAUUGAACCACAGUAAAGGCUUUAUUCACUUAUUUGCUGUAGGGGGAAAAGCUUCUUUGGACUUUCAAGUUCCCCUCUGUUGUUUCUGACAAGGAAAUCUACACAUAUACACAUGCUUGUGCAAGAAACACAAAAGAUCUAAGCAUAACUUGAUCUUCCUAUUAAUCUUAGUGUCACCAGUGGAAGUGGUGAGCUUUGUAAGCCUGUUUCUGAAAUAGGUUUCAAUAAUUUUACUCCUCCAUACCCUGUCUGAAGUCUUAAUGCAGAUAUAUGUUAUUCUUACUUGCACUCUGAAUUAGUCUCUCCUUAUUGCAUGUCUUAGUAACUCCCUGCAGACAGAGAGUCAGCUGCCCAUUGAAAUGGGGAUGUCACUAGGAAUCAGAUGUCUGGCAUAUAGUUGGCAAAAAGCAUCAUUCUCCCUCAUGCCAGGACAUACAGCCAUAAUCUUACCAGACCUUUUUAUGGAGGAGCAUGGCAGGGUAGAAGCAUACAGAGAAGAAUCACUCAGAUCUUACUUGCAUAUGUAACAGAGCAGGCCACCUGGAAGCUAGAAAAUUGGCCUGAUUCGGACCCUCUGCCGGAGGCAGAAGGAGUAGAGGACAAUAAUUCCCUUCAAAACCGCUAUCAUUCCUCAAACUCCACUGUUCCUCAAACUCCAAAGAGUACCCUUCCAUUAGGUGAUUUUUCUUUACUAUGUAAAAGUGACAGACUCAUGUAUCUUUAAAAUACUUUAAAAUAAAAUGUUGCUGAAGGAACGAACUUUAUUUUCUAGCAACAACACAAUUGUCCCUCACUAUUACACACACUGUAAGGCUGUUAUAUGUAGGAAAGGAUUGGCAAUCAGUGUAAUAGAAUUUUCCAGAGCAUUCAGAACACCAAUUUAUUUCUCCAGUUGUCUAUUUAAAAAAUUGGGGUUUUAAAUAGGGAUUUUGUAUCCAAAUGUCUUCAACAGCAUUUUAGCAAAGAUCUACAGUAAUCCAGAAGGCAGGCCCAAGAACUUACACAAUUCUCACCAUGCUGCUACGCAAAGAAUUUCUUCGGCUUUAAGAUCUGUAAUGUACAAGUCUAGCCAUUUCAUGCUGAUAUUCUCAGUAAUGGUAUUCUCAUUUGUAAUGGUGUCUUUAGUUGUGUACAUGUCUUUACACUGGAAGGUGCUGUAAAUGCACUAAAUCAAAGCCCCUUGUUGCUUCUGGCCUUCCCACCUCUCUUUGAUUCGCAGUGUGUACUUCUAUGUGGUUUAGUGCUGUUGGUCUGUAUGUAUGUGCCAUACCAUAGGCCUUUCUAUCUGUACUGCAGCAAAAAUAUGUUUUUUGGACAGGCUGUUCUAAAACGUGCUGAUAUUGCUAUUGCCAUUCACGAAUACAUUAGAUCUUGAUCUAUUGUUUUGCAUCACUGAAAAUGCACUUUCUUCACUGUUAAUGGCAUACAUUAUACAGAAUUUGAGCUUUUGCUUUUUGAAAUGACUAUUCAUCUGCUUUUGCACUUUGGUUCUACCCCUCUCCCUCAGACCUCUUCUGUUGGCAAAGUUCUUGUAUCAGUAGAGACGUGUUUCUGAUGUGUCCAGUUGUUCCAGUUGCUGCGUGGCCAUGGCAGCUCAUACCUAAGGGUGCCUUGCUAACUGUGUUGCUCUAGAAAGAAUUGUACUAGAAUUUCCAUGGAUACGAGAGACUGAACCAUCAACAUGAUCAAAGUGAAUGUGUUGUUAAUGCCUUUUCUCUAGUACCUCCUGUCAGCAAUGUUUCUGUUAAAGGGUCUGGAAUUUGUUUCCUCCUAAUGGUGCAUGUUUGUGUGUAUGUAUGGCCAAGAUUCACUGAAAAAUGACACUGUAGGGGAGUCCAUACAUGUUAUAUCUUAAAAUCAGAUUAUCUAAUGUGUGAGCCCAAAAUAUAGUGGUCUAUCACAUGAGAUAAUUUUUCCCUUUACUGUGGAGUAGAUGCAAUUCCAAAAUGAACAGUGGGAAGAGAGCAGGCCCUGCACAGGUAUGUCUAAGGUAUGUCACACAAGUAAGCAAGCUUUGCUGGCUGAUAUUAUUGGGUGAGUUAAAAUCUCUUGACUAGUCAACUCAUUAAAGCCAGGAGUUCUUUAAUAUUAGAUCUCAGUGAAUGCAUAGACUUCUACUAACCUGCUAAUGUAUCGCAGGGAGUGUAAUGCUGAGGAAUCUGAUUUUGAUUGCCCCUCCACAUGGAGGGAGGCCAUUGGCUGUGGCAGAUGUGCCUGCACUUCUGCCAGUGCCCCUCAAAAUUCCCUAAAUGCGUUUGCUGCAGCUAGAAUAAUUUCUAAAUCAUAUUCAUGGUAGGAAAGGACUGUCAUUAAAGAAAAUUGCAGUCAUAUGUGAACUCUGCAAACAUGACACUGCCAGCUGGCAUGGUGACACAGAAAAUCAUACUGAAUUUUUCUUCUGUAUCACAAGAUAUCUGCAGCAGGUCAGCUGUUCUGGUACCAUAUGUGAUGUAGAGCUGCUUAAGAUGUUGUUGGAAGAACACCACAGCCAGAUAUGUAUGUACAUAUGGUGUGCUUGUUUCUUUGCAGAAUCUUUCUAGUUUCCACGAAAUUAUUCUGAUUGUUUUGGGAGUUUGGGAUUUUUUUUUUCCAAAUUCAGCUGAAGACACUUGACCUACCCAUGCUGUUGCUGGUAAGUUUCAUAGAAGUUCUUCUGAAGCCAAAAUAUCUACUCAGAGAGUAGCUGGCUACCAAAGGAGGUAAGACGGUGAGAUGCAAGUUGAACAAGCCCGUUCACAAACUGGCUCAUACACUCUUACAUCUUUGUGUACACACACACACAAACACUUGCACACGCACGCACAUCUUAGGAACUUUUCUUCCAGAAAGUCCCACAGUGUCCAGGGAAGCUGUUUUUUGCUGUAAGACACUUUACUGCAUAUAUGAGCACCACAGUCAGAUACAUAGUACAUACAGAAAAAUGAUGUCUAAUAUUGUAUGUAAAGAGAAUCCUCCCAAAGAGUGGUACUGAAAUCUUUACAUAAAAAUAGCGUGUGACUUAAUGGAAUCCAGCAGUUUCUGAAAGCCCAAUUUCAUGUAAGCAAAUGCAAUCAAAUCUUUUAAUGAAAGAAAUGUGCUUAUGCAUGUCCUCUUUUCCUUCAAAAUAUUAUAAGCCUACCUUACAGCUCUGAUCAUGAUUUUGCCUCUUGUACUGCAGGGGAAAAAAAGAAACAAAGGAACUGAAAAUAGAGAAAAUAAGAACAAUUCUCAAGCUUAGGCACAGAAAAAUGGCUGUACUGGUCUCCCUGUACAUGGAUGAGACUUUGUCAGUUUAAGAUUAACAGUGUUUUCCAUGCAAAGAUCUUCCAUUUCUCCUCUGCAGUUUUACUCCUUCCUUCCCUCUCUUUCCAUCAGAAGGGGACCAUUCGACCACCUUAGAAGAGAAAUAGGCCUGGUAAAAAUAGUUCUAUGGAGGGUUCUUUUCACUUUCCAGCUUCUCUUCCACAGCCCUCCAGAGCUGCAAAGCACAUGAUGUUUCUACAGACCAGAUGAGAGAAAACAGAAAGAUGGCUUUAGUUAUCUUUCUGCAGCAGGCACUGCAUAAGCCAGUUUGGGGCUGAAUAGCUUCAUGUGUCCUUUUUUCUUCUGUAGUAUGGAAAAAGCUUUUUCCUUUUCUGUGCAGGAGUCUGUAUUCCUUUCAACCACCUUUUGGAUGGAUUUCUGCAAUUUUGGUUCAUUUUACAGCAAAAUUUCACGGCAGUUGGGACAGAAAGUGAAGAAUUCCUCAUUUACUAUUGGAAGUUGGCCAAAAGCUGAACUAGAUGUACAAAGGGCCAAGACAAAUUUAAAACUGUUUAAAAAUCUCUUGCCAAAGUGAUCUGCAGUCACCCCACCAAGGUUUUUAGAAGUGAACUGUCUCUUUAAGCUUGGCUCCAACUUCUUUCUCCUGUAGUGAGUGGAGAGUGGAUGAUGAAAGUAAUUUGCAACAUUCAGAAAUGAAGAUAACAGUGGUCUGAUGAUUUAAGUAGCAUUAUGCUGCUUGCAAAGCCUCCUAUGAGUUAUGUGUCAGAUAUUCUGUUUUUCCUAGAAUGCCAUUUAGUGCCAGCCUUCAUGUAUUUUGGCCUAGACUGCUGUCUCAUAGGUUGUAUACAUUUAGGUAUGUCUGGGAGACCGAGGCUCAUGUAAUGCUGGGGCCAUCACCUCUGUCAUCAUUCAAGAAACAUUUGAGGAAAUCAGAGCUCACUAAUUCCAAA